AUGCCUUCAGCACCGCGGACAGCGACCGGGAGAACCACACUGCCCUACUGUCACCAGUCUUUCCAUAACCUACAGGAGCUGAGGCACAGCGCGUCUCUGGCGAAUAAAGUGUUUAUCCAGAGAGAUUACUCCGAGGGAACUGUCUGCAAAUUCCAGACCAAAUUCCCAUCUGAACUGGACAGCCGGAUUGAGAAGACUCUGUUCGAGGACACGGUGAAGACACUAAAUAAUUACUAUGCGGAGGCGGAGAAAAUUGGAGGCCACGCUUACCUCGAGGGCUGCCUCGCCUGCAUCACAGCCUACCUCAUCUUCCUCUGCAUGGAGACACGCUACGAAAAGGUCCUGAAAAAGAUUUCGCGGUACAUUCAGGAGCAGAAUGAGAAGAUCUACGCUCCCAGAGGCCUCCUUAUUACUGACCCUGUAGAGAGGGGCAUGAGAGUUAUUGAGAUCAGUAUCUAUGAAGACAGAGGUUCCAGUGGAUCCAGUUCAGGAAGCAGCACCACCAGUAGCAGUGGACGAUGA